AUGGCUCCAACCCGCAAGGACGCAAACAAAGCGACUAAGACAGUCAAUACCCGCAGGACCGCCAUUAAGAAGGUCAAGAAGACCACCAACAGGAAGACCACCAACAGGAAGACCGCCAACAGGAAGACCGCCAACAGGAAGACCACCGAGAGGAAGGCCGGCGGAAAGACUCCCUUUUCUCCUGUCGACCUGAAGAAGCUUUUCCCACCCUGGGGCUCUGAAGAUGCUCUGAACCAGACGGCAAACAAGGAAGCUACUGAUAUCAUCCAAGCCGUGUACCAUGACAUCAACGCCUACUGCAAUCUUGAGAUACUUGCGAAAGAGAAAGCUUACGGUUGUGAAGAGACUUUUUCCAACAUGUUUGUCUUCACAGAAGGAUUUGUGGAGCGGGAGAUCAGCUACUACAUGUCCCGCGUGGAAUCCUUCAAGGCGGAACAUGAGUUUGUUACUGGGCUCGGAUGGAAGAUGUUUGCUAUCUGUUCCCAUGCUGAAGCAUUCCGACGGGGUAUCAAAGAAGCCAGCGACAGAACCUGGGGGUUCCUGCUCCAGAAGAUUCAAGAAAACUUCUUGAGUAUUGAACUUUAUGCGCACAGCCGUGCCCUGAAGUGGCGUAACAUUCUCUGCGCCCACCAGAACUACCCCAUCCCAGGACUUCCAGAUAUGAAAUCCGAAAUCGAGACAUACAUGAAGUGGAAAGUCGACCACCCCCACCACACGGUUAUCACGCUUGAUGGCAAGCUGAAGGAGCCCACCUAUAACGGCAAGUUGCAGCAACACAUUAACGAGAGUAUCUAUGAUCCCAAGAAGUGGGGCGGCAAGAAACAGGACCCGACGCUUCGCCAUACGCCCAAUGGCACUCCCACCAAGGUCGGAAGUGCUUGCUCUUUAUGUGGCAGCCCUGUUUCUUGUGAUUGCCGCUUGCCAGCUCGGGCAGGAGAGCUGGUUGAACUGCGAGAAUACCCCGGUACGGGUACUGGUGUUCGAGCGCUGACGAGGUUCGAGCGUGGUGAUUCUCUCGAUAUAUUCAUGGGUGAGCUCCUUCCCACUACCGUAGAGGAGGUCUAUCCCCUGCAGCAAAACGAUGAUAAACCUAAAUCCAGUAAAGCCCGCAAUUUGUGUACAAUUUGCCCCCACCAGUUUGGCAACUGGACCCGCUACAUCAGCCACUCGUGCCGGCCCUCGACGCAGUUCACGGUUCGCACCAUUGGAAACCGAGUUGUGUGCACAGUUGAUGCCCUUCGUGACAUUCUUCCCUUUGAAGAGAUUACUGUUAGCUAUGGUGAUACCUACUGGGGAGGGUUGUCUCAAGACAUCAGAAUGAUCGGGCAACCUAUGCCUCCUUGGACACAAGAAGCAAUGCUCUCGCUCGGGGGGCUGGAAUCACUGGGUGUUAGGAAGGGUGAGCGGGUUGGAGUCAUGCUUGGGAACUCGAUGGAAUACGCUGUGGCAACAUAUGCGUUAUUCAAGCUUGGUGCCGUUUUGGUUCCGCUCAACCCGUCAUUCAAUACUGCACAAGUGAUUGCGGCCCUGGGUCACCUGGAAUCUAGUCAUCUCCUAAUCAGCACAGAGUCCAAUCUGCCACGAAAAAAGCCACGCAGCAAUGUUCCGUUACUCAAUGACCUUGUUGAAGACCUCCACAAGUCGAAUUUGGAGUCCGCAUCUGUCCCAUCUCUGAGAAAUAUCAUUAUGGUCGACAACUCCGAAGGCCGCGUGGAUAUAUCGUCCUAUAAAAGCUUGACGCAGUAUGCAUCUAUUAUGUCCCAGCUUACUGCAGACGGCAGCCCGCUUCCUCCUCGAACCCUUUCGCCGGAUGAAACUGUGAAUAUCCAGUUCACCUCAGGAACCACAUCAAUGCCCAAGGCAGCAUGCCUCACCCAUCGCUCCAUUCUGAAUAAUGGCUCUCAGAUUGGUGAUCGCAUGCUUCUCACGCCGAACGAUAUUAUCUGUUGCCCACCGCCGUUGUUUCAUUGCUUCGGCAGUAUAUUAGGCUAUAUGGCGACAGCAACCCACGGCUCAGCCAUCGUCUUCCCCAGUGAAUCGUUUAAUGCUCGUGCUGCGUUAGAGGCUGUCCAAGAAGAGAAAUGUACCGCGCUAUACGGUGUACCGACAAUGUUUCUCGAGGAGUUAAGCUUGAUCGAGACGGGGGUCGUCUCCAGCGAGGGAUUCCAACAUCUUCGCACGGGCAUCGCUGCUGGAAGCAGUAUUCCUGCCGAGAUAAUGAAAAAGCUGCAUAAGGUACUGAAUCUGACCGAACUGACUAUUUGUUAUGGAAUGACGGAAACAAGUCCCGUCUCGGCUAUGACAACGACGGAUGAUCCCAUUGAUAAGCGGAUCUACUCUGUCGGAAGGCUCAUGCCACAUGUCGAGGCAAAGAUCGUGGACCCGGUGGACAAAAAAGUAAUUCUGCCCAUAGAGAGAGACGGGGAAUACUGGGCCGAUCCAGGAAAGACCGCGGAGGUGAUGAUUCCGGAUGAUUCUGGCAAAGUGUGGAUGCAUACUGGAGAUGAAGCUUCCAUGUCACCAGAUGGAUAUAUCACCAUCACCGGACGGAUCAAAGAUCUGAUCAUCCGUGGUGGCGAGAACAUACACCCCCUAGAGAUUGAGAAUUGCUUGCUAGCCAACAACAGCGUUGCAGACGUGUCGGUCGUCGGCGUCCCUGACGUGAGAUAUGGCGAGGCAGUAGCUGCUUUCGUUGUUCCUCGGGAUCACAGCUCAAAUACGGUCACUGCUGAGGAGAUCCAGCAAUGGGUGCGUGAAAAGCUCAGCAACCAUCUUAUUCCGAAGCAUGUCUUCUUUUUGGGCCCCUUGGAGUCUUUCCCCAAGACAGCAAGUGGAAAGAUCCAGAAGUUCAAGCUCAGGGAGAAGGCCAUUGCACUUUUGGCCAAGAGCGCUGCAUGA